AUGUUAGCUAACGGAAAAAUGUGGACCACAGGAUUCCAUUUUCUCAUUGGUGCUUGUGUUUGCUUCUCUACUCAGUUGUUACCUUCAUCGGCUGAGUCAACCCAAUAUGUCGCUGAGUUGAUGGUGGAAAGUAACGUGACUUUGGAGGGGCAGACCAUUUUGACAAUUCUGCAAAACAUCACCGGCCUCAAAGUGCAGGAUGGGACCACAUCGUAUGAUGUCGUCAUUAACCAGACUGAAAGCGUCGGAGAAUGCCUGGUUGUUGGAUUGGAAACGUCCUGUAACUGCUCUGAGGGUUACAUCUGGAGCAAUGAAGUGUGCUACAAUUACAACUGCUGCCGGGAGCUCACUUGCAACCAAAAUGUGUCCUACCUGAGUCCGCUCUGCAUCCCCAAAGUCAAGAUUUACGUGAAUGGCUCAGUGACAAUGAACGAAGAGGAAUGGGCUUCAGGACAUGAGAGCAUUCUUAAAUCUGAAUUAGAGAGACUCAACGGCUAUGACUCACUGAACGUUACAAGAUCCAGUUCACCAGUUACCUUUGAAGUUGAAUACAGUGUCGUUUUUAAGACCUCUACACUUCAGGAUGUUGUUGACACUCUUCAGACCAAGCUGAAAGCGUUCAUAUCAGUACAAACCCUAGGAAUGGUAGAGAUUACCCCCCCCCCGGAGGAAGAAGUGUGCUAUGAGUCCUACCCGUAUCUCAAGUGUACGUUUGGUGAGGCCACAGACAGAGCCGGCUGGAACAUGAGCACCACGGAUAAGCGCUUUGAGCUGAAUGAUGGAACCGUGGUGAAGCUGAACUACUACUGCACCACGCGCGAGUUCCCUUCGUGUGUUGCCGUCACGCUGCAGAAAGUAACAGGCUCCUGGGAAGGAACAUACGAAUGCGGCUUCAGCAAGGGGUUGGUGAGGCACACCGCCAAAGCUUACCUAAAAGUGGCUCGUCUGCCAGACUCCAUCCUGGUCACUGCAGAGCCCAUCACAGGCGACUGUUCUGAGAAAGGAUCCAUAGAGUCCAUCCCCAUCAACGUCACAGCUACCAUCCUCAACACAACAUCCAGCAACACAUAUAAGUUUACAUGGAAGUACAACACAAUGACCGGUACAGCUGUCUCACCUCACGGCGAUGGAAAAAAUCUGAAUUAUAAAUUUCUAGUACAGAUGAGUUGUGUCAAAGUGCCCGAUGCUCAAAUAAUCUUUGUGCAAUUUGAAAAUACCCUCAACCAAACAAAAAAUUCUUCAGUGACUGUUCCUGUCAUUUACGCGGGAGAAAAGUUUUGCAUAGAGGAUUCAUCAAAUGGAGACAUCUGGCCGAAAACUCCCUCAGGAGACACUGCAGUUAGCACCAUAUGCCCUCCUGGCAGAGUGGGCUACAAGGAGCGCACCUGUAAGGGCUCUGUGUGGGAAAAAGUCUACGAUGUAUGUAUCAACGAAAAGCUCAGCGAAGUCUCCAACGCAGCAGACGAUUUUCUGAAAGGCCUGGGUGCCACGGAAGAUGUAGCUCUGGACAUAUUCUCAGAACUCUCAACCACCUCCGGGGGCGCUGAUGGUGGAGACAACAUUGCAGACGUCAUAGCUUCCCUCUAUGUUCUGGACGUGAUGGCGCAGGCUUCCAAUGUCAAAAUGACAGAGAAAGUCAUUCCUGAUUUAGCUAAGGCAGCAAGCGACAUGUUGAACAAGACCUGGGAAGGAAAGUUAAUCUUUGUCUUCAACCCACUCCGCAAAAAGGUCUUCAUGUAUUUUUCCAGUAUCGUAGGCUACAUCAUUCCCAUUCUCAUCGUUGGAUCCAGUUAUGUCUAUUACAGAUACACCAAUAAACCCUACUAUGGGAAGGAAACAUGCUGGCUGACCUAUGAAAGACUUUUAGUGGGUUCCUUGCACUCCUUUCUCUUGCCCAUUGGAACCAUCCUCUUGUCGAACAUCUUCUCCAUGACCGUUGUGAUUGUGACGUUGUUCAAGUCUUCCCAAAAUGACAGUAGCAAGAAAGACGAGAAGGACACGGCCAAAAGCAUCAUUAAAGUCAUUCUCAUUCUGGCGCCAGUUUUUGGAGUGACAUGGUCCAUAGGCUUCUAUCUUGUCUUAUACAACCGCACAGACCCGUUAUAUGAAUUCUUCAACUAUACCUUCACCAUUGUCAAUUCCUUCCAGGGUCUUUUUGUUCUGUUGACUGGGUUUGCAUCUGAGAAAAAGGUCAAAGAUGAGCUGUAUAAGAUUGUCUUUGGCAAGAAGGGUUCAAGUGACAGCACCAAGAAUCCCACCUCCACCAUGUACACAAAGGACAAGUGA